AUGCCUUCUAAAUCUAUCCGUCACCUUACACGCCUACCCCUAUACCUCUUCCUCCAGCCCGCAAUCAGACCCUCCACCACCAUCACCAUCAUCCACCAUGCUCUCCGGGCCCCCAAACCCCGGUACCUAUCCUCAUCUACUCCAUACCACAUAAGAAAGUCUCCCACAAACAACCGCCACAAUGGCUUCACUACAGAACCACCUAAGCACACUUCCACCCGGACCAAGUUCACCGGGUCCGACGCACCACCCCUCAGCUUCUGGGAAACCUACGCCCGGCCGCCCCUAGUACCCCCGGACACCGUGACCCCGGAGGCCUGCCACACCGCAUGCAAGCAAUACGUAUCUCUCGCCCUCGAGAACCUUCCGAACUGGCAACGGCGGUGCCCCUCGCUCUUCACUUUGCAAUACGUCAUCUUAGUCCUCAUGAACUCGCCCGGCAGCACCGCUUUAGCAAUGCACAUCACGCACACCCUCGUAUCUCUAGACUACGCCCCCGCCAUCCUCAGCCUCGCAUACCUAGGCUUCCGCUCCGGCCAACUAGAGUCCAACAUCCACCUAACCCAAGCCAAACAAGGCCUCGAGCGCCUCUCCUCACUCACCCCGCCCAAUCGCAGCAGCAGCAGCAGCAGCACCUACCGCGCCGACGCGCUGACCCUGGCCGGACUCAUCGCCGCCUCGCGCCAAACCCCCAAAGACGACACCCGGGCCCUAAACCUCUUCACCGAAGCCAGCACCGCCUUCACCUCUUCCGCAACCGCGCAGUGGCAGUGGCGCGCCAGCGCCGUCCUCGCGGAAGGCAAGAUCCACGCGCGGCGGUCGCGCCCGGACCUCGCGCGCGCGGUAUACGCGGCGCACGCCCGCGAGCUGGAUAACGCGGACGUGCUGUACGCGUACGCCAUGCUUCUGGAGCGCACCGACCCGGCGCGCGUGCCCAUGCUCGAGCGGGCCGCCGUGAGCGCCUGCGCGGGCGCCGCGCGCGAGAUGGCGCGGGUCGAGCUCGAGCGCGCCGAGGACGCGGGGCUGAGCAAGGGGGAGCGGUACGUUAGGCGGGUUUUGGCGGAUGAGUGGUUGAGGAUCGCGGGGGAGAAGGAGGCUGCAUAG